AUGACUCCAGCGGGUGUCUCCUCUAGAGAUGAGGCACUCAAGGAUAUCAUACCUGAGGAAAUUGAGCUUGAACUGAGGGAGGCAGAACUUCGAAAACGUAAGCUACAAAUCCUACAGCGUUGCGAUCUCAACAUGUACAUCCCAUCUGAGAACCCGAUUCAGGACGAUGAUUCCCCUAGCAAUCACGGUCAUAUGUCGAGUUUCAAUUUUGAUGACGUGAUAAGGACCUCGCGUGGCGACCUACACGCUGCUGAAAAUCGAGAUAGAUAA